UUUUCAUCCUCUAUAUACAAAUGGCGUUCCUGUUGCCAACCAAAAUAAACAAAAUCUCCCCUGUGCACCUAGCACCAAUUUUUAAGAUGGACAAAAUAAAGGAGGGCAACUGGGGAGCCCAUGUUCUGAAUUUCAUCAUCAAGCGCAUAACUGAUUACAAUCUGAAAAAGAAAAAGUCAAUCGACGGAUGCCUGUUUGCCCUGAUGAUAGUCUACUUCCAUCUGUCAAAAAACAAAGACAAGAAAGGAGAAGAAAGACCUCCACAACCCUGGAUUGCCAACUGGAAUAGAGAGCAGUUGGUUAAAUGGAUGAGAGCAGAAAUGGAUGAACAUAUGGGAAUUGUAAAGAUGGCCGAAACAAAAGAGAAAUUGAAACAAAUGAAGAAAAAGAAAAGAAAGAAAAAAACAAAAAAAAAACAAAAAAAGGAAGGCAAGUUCAUCAUCAUCUGAGAGUGAAACAUCUGAAGCUGAAGUCUAUUCU